AUGUCAGCCACCACUUCCAUCCAUUCUUCCCUUCAAUGUUCCGCUGUCGCAUUCGGCUUUUGGCUCCCCCUUCCAAGCUCCGGUGUCGCUAAGACAAUCUUACAUGGACCUUCAGGGUCUUUGACCAAGUUCAGUUGGGUCUUGGUUGAUGCGGAGCAUGGAUUGAUAUCCGAUCAUCACUAUUAUGAGCUGUGCAACGCCAUUGGUUCUGAGAAUGCGAGCCCUAUUAUCCGUGUUCCCUUUGCGGAGUAUUGGAUGAUAAAGCGGGCGCUUGAUGCUGGUGCCCAUGGUAUUAUGACGCCUAUGUGCCACAAUGAGGUCGAUGCUGCGAAUAUCGUGAAAUAUACCAAGUACCCACCCUUAGGUACACGGGGUUAUGGUCCAAUGUUCGCUCCUCACUCAAUGCCCGGAGUUAGUCCUGGAUCAGACUAUGACGACAAUAUCAAUGGCUUCGUGACGGUCUGCGUUCAGAUAGAGUCAAGGGCUGGAGUUGAGAAUGUUGAGAAAAUCGCGGCAGUCCCAGGCAUUGAUGUCUUAUUCAUCGGGCCCUUCGACCUCUCCAAGAUGAUGCGGGUAACCCGGGGUGGUGACGAGCAUGAAGCUGCUAUUAAAAGGAUUCUGGAUGCUACUCAUGCUUUUGGAAAGAAAGCUGCUAUAUUUUGUACCGAUGGGCUGAAUGCCCGCAGACGUGCAGAACAAGGCUUCGACAUGAUUUCUAUUACCACUGAUGUUGGUGUUUUCCGGACUGGGAUGCUAGGAGAGCUGAAGGUCGCUAACGGCGAGACCGUUGAAAGCGGCUCCCGGGAGGGUUACUGA